GCCGAGGAUUGAGUAACAGAAGCAUGCGGCGAACCCCCGGCGAAACCUCGACAGCUCUCCUGACAUUUGCAAAUCGAGAGGCACUUUGCAUUUGUUCGCGGCCGAGAAAAAACUGUUCGCUUCGGCCGUAUCGCGGUAUAAAUUAAUAUAAUCCGCGCCUUGACAGCCACAGGAGCCGAGAGCCGCGUUGAGAAAAUUCGCCGCGUGUUCCCCAAAUGCGAGCCGACCGAAGAAGAGGCCGUUGCUUCCUUCGAUGUUGCAAACAUGUUAUAUAACAUGAAAUUCAAACGAUAAAUCAAACCGGGUGGAACGUCGCGGGCAGGACAACGAACACCGAAACUAACCCCGUGAAAUUUCAGAGAAUAAUCUUGACGAGUUGUCGCGACAUGUGAUGCGAUUUUCCAGCGGGAAGAGAGGCUACGAAGUAUUCUUCGUUUACUUGCCGUUACUUGAAGGCUGGUGAACAGCCUUGGUAACAAAGAACACUGCGAUGCCCCACUGUACAAACAACUUUGCAUGGUACUUGAGCAAGUUUCUCGCGGGUUUCACGGGCGUGCUCUUCUUUUACGUGUUUUUCCUGAAGGAGAAAGAAUAUAGUUGCCUGUGCAAAGCGAGAUAUCGGGAGUUCCUUCGUGACAAAGGAGAAAAACGACCAGGCAUCUGCGAAUGUGAGACAGGGAGGCAGGCCAAAGUUUAUGCUUGUGGUUGCCCAAAAUCUAUAUACAUGGUACGCUGGACUGAAAGAAUGGUUCCUCGAGAACGAUCCAGCAAUCUCGGUGACUGCACUUGCGAUAGGAAAGGAUCCCGCCAAAAAUGACAAUGGUAUAUCGUCCGUAAAUUGUGCAUGCUGUGCGUCGCUACUUAAUCGGAAGAGUAAGCUUGCAGAAUCAACGGCAUGCGUGAGAAGGAAAAGAUGGAGCCGACAUUGUCUUUUCCGGCAUUGCAGUGGUAUCGUUUGUGCCAAAAAGCUUCUGAAAAGAAAAAGAAAACGAUCUUGCACCCACAUGCGUGUCUCCCAAGACACUAUCACCGACUUCUGGAACUUUUGUGUUAGAAACAUAAACGAUGAAUCGCGGAGUCCUGGAGAUAACGUCCUUGUUCCGAAGUCGAGCGUUGGAUUUGCGAAUUUGAAGAACGGAGAUACAAGAAUCGCAGAUGAACGUGAAGAAAAAAUCCAAAAGAAUUGCUGUUGCAACGGAUUACACGAAAAUCUCAACUCUGUUGAAACAGAAGCGAAUCCAGAAGGUACCUUACAAGAAAACGGCAAAUGUACAGACGAAGUUUCUUCGAAGUUAUGUAUAGAUAAAGAAAAUAGCAAACGGGAAGUAUCGCGAGAUUUUGUUGAUAAGAAUAUGGCUCGAUCAUCCGACCAACAAAUUGAAGUUCUUUGCAAGGAACAAAACUGUUUCAACAGUACGCCAAAGCAGGUUUUGGAUCGAGAUAUUACAGACUCGCGAAACGUUAAUGCGAAAACUGAAUUGGCAAUCGAUUCGAAUAAAUGCGAUUACACUUUGAAAGAAAAUAGGAAAGAAUCGAAAAGCGAGACCAGUUUUAGCGAAACAAUUAUAGCAGAUACUUGCAUGGAUACGCUUCUGUACCGCGAAUUGCGAACGAAACGUGCUCCUAAAAUGAAGAACAAAGCGCCAAUAGCUCGUUCAAAAUCUAGCAAAAGCAUCGAAUCGAAAUUAACUAAUGGAUCGGAAAAGGCUAUGUUUCUACAAAAUUCGAACACCGAUGAUUCGAACACUCUAGAAAAUUGUUCGCAACCGGUUUUUGUCAAGGAAACGCACAAACAUAGUUCAGAAUAUUCGGCGACAAAGCCAUCCGCGACUUCGGGGUUGCAAAACGAAUGCCUUCGCGAUGAAUUUGAAACUACUUGUUUCAACGCCUAUCAAGCUAGUACAAUAAGUCAGAAGAAAGUUUGCAGAAAUUGUUCUCACAGUUUAAAAAGUCGCAGUCGGCCGCGAUGGAGUAUCCCUAAAAAAGCUUCCUCGACGAAAUUCAAUUCUAAUGUUUGCAAACAUUGCAAAACCUCCUGCAAAAGUUCGCAUCCGCAAAAGAACAAUUUCUCUAACGACAAUGGGAAAUUUGAAAGGAUCGCCGAUUCCAUGCUCGAUCGCGAAUCCACUUUAGCCACGGAGAAGUGUCUUCUGAAAUGUAAGACGCCGUUCUCGCAGAACGAGAAGAAAGUAACUGCGAACAUGUCCAAGAAUCGGAAGUACGAGGACUCUACGAUUCUCGGGGACAGUUCUUCCGCAAUUUCUUCCGAAAGCUCUGACAGCGAUAGUCGAGCCGCGCUCCGUCGUCCAUUAUGCAAAUCGAGAAUGCAUAAUCAACAUGAUCACGAUCACGCUUCUUCGUCUAAUCUGUUCCCGUGGAAAAGGUGUCCGUCUUGCACGGUGCUGUUCGAGUACUCGGCCUGCAAGAAUGGGCAAUCGAUCUCCAACGCCCACAAGCGGAAAAGAGAUCAAAGAAUACGGGGGAGUCCGACGUCGACUUCUUCAACAUCUUCCGUCUCGACGUCGAUUUCCAGAGAAGCCUGCGCGUUCAGAAGGAAUAAUGCCGAUCGGAACAUGCAUAUCCUAUUUAGAAAAAGUAACAGAAUAUUCGACGAAGAAGCUGCAAGUGUUUGGGAAUCAAGAAACAGACCGUUCGAAGGGACCAGACUUUACGAACAGGGCGCAAAUAAUAGAACGAUGUACACGGAUGAACGUCGCGUAAAGUGGGGUUUCAAGCGUGCUUAUUAGCGAUCGUUGAGUAAGUGGUAAGAAAAUGAGUAACUUCAUCAGCGACGAAGUGGUAUAAGUCGCGUGGUCCAAUUAUUGAGAUUCGAUGUAAGUACAGUAAUGUCUCCCUAACUGACGCUCAGAUUGUUCAGAAAACUGGACAAUUCGGGAAGAGGAGAU